GUAGCUAUCAAAUCGUCGGCUGAAUCACUAUGCACACAUUCUCGAAUGUGCGAGACGUUCAGCGUUAUAACCUGAGUUUUUUCGUACCUUUCCUGCACAUGAAUUUAGUAGGAGAUGAACUGUCUUAACUGAAAGGCGAAAUCGAGGCACAGUCGAAGCGUUAUAUACAUUGUUGGCCGAUACUUGGAAUCGAUAACCGGUUGCCGUUGCAACCCCUUCAAAUCAUUCUGUUUUUUCUUUUUCGAAAUUAUUACAGUUAGUGUUGUUUGUGGUUUUUUUUUUUUAAUUUUCGCAUCAUGGCGAUUAGUAAAAAAGAACCGGAUAACGGUGUCGUUGAGUUUCAAUUUUAUCAACCGGAAAACAGGACUAAAUGGGAAGCUUUUCGAAAAGCUAUUUACGAUAAAUCGACUAAUCAGUUCCUGGGAAGAACGCCAAAAAGUUGGGGUCAACUAUUAAUUUUCUACUCGAUUUUUUACAUCGUAUUAGCAGCGUUAUUUGCAGUAUGUAUGCAAGGUCUUUUUGCCACUUUAGAUGAUAGACAACCUAGAUGGAAAUUGGGUGAAAGUCUCAUAGGAGAAAAUCCUGGUUUGGGAUUUAGACCAAUAUCUGAUAAAACCGAAGAAGGAUCUCUAAUAUGGUACAAUAUCACCAAUGGCACCACCAUUGACAAGUGGGUGGAUUUAGUUAAUACAUUUUUACAACCUUACAACGCCAACCAAUCAGGUGAAAACUUUGUUUCCUGCAAUUUCGAAAAAGGACCCGGAGAAGAUGAAGUUUGUCGAACGACUUCUAGCACUUUUGGAAACUGUACGCUUGAAAACAACUAUGGGUAUAACUCGUUUUCACCUUGCAUGUUUCUAAAAUUGAAUCGAAUUAUCGACUGGACUCCCGUUUACUACACAUCCACUCAACCUGGUAUGCCCAAAGAGUUGUCAGAUCAUUUGGACAAUCUGAAAGCUGCAGGUAAAUCAGAAACGGAUCGUAUGGUCUGGGUGACUUGUAAUGGUAUCGACGAUAUCGAUAAAGAAAAUAUCAAGGGUUUCAGAUACCAUCCAGCGGGUUUCGCCAGUUACUAUUAUCCGUAUAAAAACAUCAAAAAUUAUUUGAGUCCAAUAGUCGCAGUUGAAAUACUUGACUUGACACCUAACAUCGUGGUUACAAUAGAAUGUCGAGCAUGGGCGGCAAAUAUUCAAUACAGAACCGGUUUGAACAGAGCCGGCUCGGUGAGAUUUGAGAUACAAGUUGACGGAGAAUAUAAAGCAACAACCAAACCACCGACUAUAUCUUCAAUACAACAAAAUAAUUCUACAGUUGUAUCAACAACAACUACUAAAAUUGAAAAUAGUACCGCGUUUACUUCAUCGCCUACUUCCGUGACGGCUCCUUCCUAGAAUUAUUUCAUUAUUUGAAUAGAGGUUUUCAUUAAAAUUUGAGAAUGAGAAAAAAUAUAUUAAUUAGACGAACUAAAAACCCACAUUGAAUUUUAUUUACGACGUUUACUUUAUAUAUGAUGAAUAUAUAUUCGAAAGCUCGGAAAUAUAUUAGAAUUAGUACACUUUGGUGUAAUUUCGCCACAAUCCCACUACGAAAACGCUGAAAUCUCACGUUUUAAUGAAUACCUUCAAAAAAAUACUGAUAAAGUCUGCAAAGUUUCAUUUGGUUGUACCAAGUUAUUGUUCUGGUUGUUUUUAAGUUAUUAUAGAAAUAGUUUUUAUAGAUGUAGUGUUACUUUAUGUUGUGAGUCGCGUUAUUUAUAUUUUUUUUUGUGUGAAAUAUAUAACGUACAUUUGUUGUAACUAUGUCUCUUUAACUCUCAGAUGUACUAGUACGUAAAGUAUCAAAAAUUGAAGAGAUACUCAUGAAGUAAGAUCUAUUUUGAAAUAAAAAAAAACAUAGUGAUUUUUAGCGUUUAUAAUGGUGUCAUAGAAGCAUUUUCUUUCACCACAUUCGCUACCCCUCACUUUGGGUACCUAAAUAAACAAAAGUAGGUACGAAUGAAGCUAAAACUAUACGGGAAAUAAUUAAAAUAUUCUAGCCCAGAAGUUCUCAAACUAUUUUUCUCAAAAAUCACUUUCAAAUUACUUAUUACUCGUUUUAGAGUUGUAGAGCUUCCUGGUGGCGGAUAUGGACCACUUUGGGAAUCACCGCUAUCCAAAUACUGUAUUUCUUUAAACCGUCGAUCCUAUCUUCUUAUAAUUAAAACGUUCAUCGUUGUUUCUUUUAUUAAUUAAUUUCAAAUUUUCUUUUAUUCGGAAAAUCACUGAUCGAUGUAUAUUAUAAGUGAUAGUGAAUCAACUCAAACUUACUUUGCGAGUAUACCCUAUGAAUUUAUCUAGUCUCUCCAAUAUUCUUAUCAAUUGAAAAAUUUUGUAAGCACAGCUGUCAUGUUUGUUUUGUAAGUGUCCUACCAUGACGAAAUAUAUCAGUGCCUUAAUGCAAAUCAUCGUAUAUUUUAUUACAUCACUAUUUUACAAGCAUUAAGUGUAAUAACUAAAAUAUUCCAUAUUUUUGCUACAGUAGAAUCUGAAUUUACCGAAAAGUCAGUCGGUAUUUGUUAAUUUCAUAAUGUACGGUGAGGAUUGUGUAAAAAAAUUAAAUAAUCAAUUUAUUUCAUUAUAAAAUUGGAACGUUCUGUAUAUUUAUACAUUAAACCAAUUAAUUUCGACCCGCUGAUGGAUAUUUAAAUUCUAUUCACCGCAGUACUUUUUAUGAAAUUAAUAAUUAUUGGACGGCAGUUUAGCAACUUCUGAAUCCACCUAUAUAGUGAUGACCCUAAUGAAUAUGAAUAAUUUCCUCCAUCCUCAUGGUUUUUAAAUAUUUCAUACUAUAUCUACGAGGUCCGUUUUUUUUUCAACCUCCGAUUGCUCCGUGCAGACGUUGUAGGCGACUGCGAAGCUCUCGCACUACACACUCCGCCAUUGUUGACAUUCAGGCGUCAGACGGCGUUGUGUUACAGCCACGUAAACAUAUCUGUCAUUAUUGAAGUCUGAAUUGCCAUUCGUCAUAAGUCAUUUCUAUAAGGAAAACUUCAUGAGUGGUGGUGUUGUGCGUUAAUGUCAUUUCAGAUGACCUGGUUCAACGAUUUGACAGAAUGGUUAAAGAAAACUACAAAUUCACCAUUAUUAAUGUAUUUACGGAAUUUCCAGAAGUUUCAAGGUCCCUUUUGUACUCUACUUUAUUGGCGACAAGUUUCUUUGAAGAGGGUAUUAAAAAGCUUGUCCACACUCACAUAUUAUCUUCAGUUGAAUACACUGUCUCUAUGUCCUGCCAUGGACGAAUAAGUCGACUUCUCUUAGUGAUCAAAUGAUCCAGUUUGUUGCUCCCAUCCAACUCCAACUGCCUUCAAUGGCUUUGGUAUGAAAACCUGUCUGAGGGGAUUCACAAUCUUGUGCCGCUUCAUAUAUAACUCGUCAAAAUGGUGCAUCGGGGUCGUCUCCUAGCAAAAGGAACGCUACUUCCAAAGGGGAGUAAUUUAUUUCACUAUCAUUCGCAAGUAAAUAGACAAUUCUAACCUAUCAUUUUUAUUGAAACAGUAUUUAAAGGGAUUGUAGUAAUGAAUGAUUGGACUGCUGGAAGAACUAGAAGAAGCCAAAGUUAUCGUCUUCAGAGACUGAAGGUAAACAAUGUAAUUGUGAGUGUUGAUGCCAUAAAUGUUGAAAUGAAAUGAUUUCAUUUAGUUAUUGGCAGCAUUGAAGUUAAUUUUUAUACUGAUAGUUAAUGUAGGUAAUAAUUAUUGUUUGGUUAGGUUAGGUUUCCCAACUAUCAGUGAGUCGAUACAUUGACAAAAUUAUUGAGGUAUACAAUAGACAGGAAAUAAUGGAUGCGCCCAUAAAAUCCCCCCAAAUAAUUUCAAAAGAAAGUAGGGAAAAAAUUACUUAUGAUUUAUUCUCAGUUGAAUAUGAAUUUGAAAUUUUUGAGGUUCUUUUUAAAAUAUGAUGUACCUGGGCUAAUUGGAGGCAUUGAUUGAAUUCAUGUUGCUUUAUUUCACAGCUCAUAAAGUGCUACUAAUCACUCCCUUUGGUGAUCGCUCGUUUGUGAGAGGUGUGAGUUGAGAAUACCGGCCCCGAUCUGGGUCCAAGAGAGCCCACAUAGAACCAUAUUUUAACCAUUAAACUAAUGUGGAGCCAAUGAGGCAUACAUAUGGACUUGUUAGAGGUCAAAAGACAUCACUAUAUAGAUGGCGCCUCUAGAUUUAGAAAUUACGUUGCCACAAUGAUACAAUUACUGAAAUAUUUGUGAUAAUAUUUCUUCUACAUUUACUAUUUAUAUGAACAAAUUGUACUCUGUAAUACAUUAAAAACGUACUUAAUCUAUA